AUUUGGAGAAAUCGUUCGGGUCCAAGUAUUUAAUCAAUCCUCUACUAGACUACGACAUACAAUGAAUGACAAAGGCUUGUCGGUCGGAUUAUUCCAGAUUAGGCGAGACCAUCCAGAAUCGAUUUAUUAUAACCAACUAGUGAGUGGCAUAUCAAACUUAAAGGUUCUGCACUUCCCAGAUACAUGCCCUUAUUGUUAUCUUUCUUUCUAUUCCACGAAAUCGAACCACCGACACCAGCAUCUACCUCAACGGCACAACCCCAAUCCAAAUAGAACUGAGUCCUCGGUAGUAUUCUCUGCAUAUAUCGAAGAAAAGAAAAUGAUCACUCGGAGUCAUUAGAACAUCCCCCUUUUUCAAUUACUUCACCUGAUUCCCUACCUUCAAUUACCCUGGCAGGAACGAUGAACAGCUCAUCGCCGCUUUCUUCGCCUCUUUCCAGCAUAGGCACCAUAUCACAACCGCCAUCACCUUCUCCAACGGCCGAUUACCCUUCUCCACCAUGUAGUAGUGUUCCAGAUACUAGAGUACCAUCUGAGGCCGGUGAUGCUCCAGAUUGCGACGGUCCUCCACCUGCCAAACGCCGGAAGAUGACGCAACCAAAAUCGACCGAGCCCAAACCCAGAACAACCGAGUAUCUCGACUUGCGUAACUUUGGUGAAGGAUCGGAGGAACAAAUCGCACAGCAAGAUGCGCAAAUGAAGCGCUUGGUAAGGGUUCUGCGAGGCAAACGGAAAAUUGUGGUCGUGGCUGGUGCUGGGAUUUCAGUUUCUGCUGGAAGUAUGUCAGCUUAAUUCCUCAAACGCCAAUCCUUGCUAACAACAUGAUAGUACCCGACUUUCGGUCCUCCACUGGCUUAUUCUCUAGCCUUCGGUCUCAACACAAAUUAAAAUCAUCCGGGAAAGAACUGUUUGACGCGUCGGUGUAUAAAGACGAUUCUUCAACAACCUCAUUCCAUUCCAUGGUCCGCGAGUUAUCCCACUUGACGAAAAAUGCAAAAGCUACACCGUUCCACCACAUGUUAGCAACACUUGCAGAAGAAGGCAGAUUAUUGCGACUUUACAGUCAGAAUGUAGAUGGAAUUGAUACAUCACUUGAGCCACUUGCCACUAGGGUUCCAUUGAAUACGAAAGGGCCUUGGCCGAAGACAAUUCAACUACACGGUGGGCUAGCAAAGAUGGUUUGCUCAAAAUGUGGUCACUUGGAAGACUUUGAUGGAGCGCUUUUUGAGGGUCCGGAAGCGCCAGAUUGCGGCAACUGUGUGGAAAUCGACUCGGUCAGAAUCGCCGCAGGUUCACGAAGGCACGGAAUUGGACGGAUGCGCCCUAGAAUGGUGUUAUAUAAUGAAUAUAAUCCAGACGAGGAAGCAAUUGGCGCAGUCAGUGCAGCGGACUUGAAGAAAGUAGCAGAUGCAGUCAUUGUUGUUGGUACGAGUCUUAAGAUACCUGGCAUUCGUCGUCUGGUUAAGGAAAUGUGCAGCACAACGCGGGAUCGUAAGAAUGGGUUUACUGCCUGGAUAAAUCUGGAUGGUGAGCCUGGUGGUCCAGAAUUCAAGGAUUGUUGGGAUAUGAUUGUGCGAGGUGAGUGCGAUGAGGUCGCUCGUCAUGCAGGCUUGCCAAAAUGGGACGACAAAGACCUUGGCCAAUAUACCGUCGUUGCAAACGAAGGUGGAUCUGCAAAGAAACGUGGAAUCGAUAAGGUGCUGGUUACACCUGCUCGCACUACUGCAGCGGCGGAUGCAUUCCCUACACCUGGAGCUAGCCCACGAAUGCAAUCGCCGACACCUACAAACGCUUUCUCAAAGUUAAAGGCAAUUACAAAGCCAAAGGGGACAGUAAAAAAGACAACUGCUACAAAGUCAACAAAGAGGAAGACGCCUAUCGAUCCGAAGGUCAAGAAACCGAGAGCACCUCCAAAGCCCAAAACGAGCUCGAAACUGAAGAAACAAAUCUUACCUGGAGAAAACUUGAAGCUUUCUAUGACUACUACCAAAUCAUUGGGUACAGGGGAGACCAAGACCCUGGGGAAGGACAAUCCAAGGAAGAAAUUACCCUCUAAACCAGAAAUAAUCGAACCAGCCAAAUUAGAAAAUCCAUUCUUAGGAUCAAGUACUUCCGCAUUAUUCCCAAAUCUGAGACCUGCUGUACCGGUAGUAGCAAUACCGUUGCCUACUACGCGUCCAGAAACUACACCAGCUAGAAAGGUUUCAACCCUACCUACUCGACGUCAAGAAAGUAAUCCUCCUAUAAGAGUUAAAUCCUCGCGUCUAUCUGACACGCAUACCAUUCCCGAGACGCCCAGUCCUUCUAGAAGUCCGAAUAUCAUAACUUUUGAUCGUAACGAAACGAUCACUCCACCAUCAAUUCCCAAAAACAUGGAUCUUCUUAUUGAUCAUUAAAAAGAUGUUCGGUGCUGUUCAACACCUUUUAAUGUUUCCUCAUUUGUACAUAAGACACUUUUUUGUUACAUUAUUCGUCCACUACAAAACUUUCACGUUUUGUACUGACACUUCUCAAUUUUCCUAUCAUAAACCUUUAUGGUUUGGAGUCUCCGGCGUUACUACGUACAUGAUCAUACGAAAUGUUACGACAUAAUAUGGUAUCGAAUUACAUUAUACACGGCGUAUUGGGUUUAAUACAUUCACGGGUCAUACAUGUGUAUCGACGUAGCAUGGUUUAUGCAUAAAAGAUACAAAUAAUGCUGUAACCUUACAUUUGAUUUUUGGUGUCACUGUUCGUGGUAUCGAAUACAUGGCGGCUUUCUAGUUUUCAUUUCUUUUGGGGAGGGUUUUUCUCAUGCCGAUAUAUGAGGAAAAUAGGAUUGAUGUUUUGCAUUGCUGGGCAGUGGAGUGAAAUCGCAUGUUCUUAUGGAUGUGAUGGGAGACUUUAUUUUAUGGAUUUGGUCACAUGCAAAGUUAGAUGAAUGGAGAGAUGCAAAAGAUCGAGAUAUAGAUGCUAGUGACAAGCAAGGAAGGAGGAGAAGGACUUCAGGAAGAGGAACAAUAGUAUCUUCAUAGUCGUAAGAUACAUUUGUGAAAAAAAUGUCUCAGCGACACUUGUACAAACAUGCUCUUGCAUCUAGAGAAUAUUCAAUGAUUUCAAUGUUUUUCGAAGUAG